CAUAGAAGCAAAAAUCUUUGGCCGUUAAAUUCUCAGCCUAAACUUCUCCGAUUCUCUCUCUCUCUCUCUCUCUCAGCAAGAAGAAGCGCACUCGAGAGAUAUCGGAACUCUCUUCGUCUUCGUCUUCGUCUUCUCUGAAACCUCGAUUUCGGAAAGCCUGAUUUGGUGGUGGAAGCGUCGAUGAUCAAUCUGAAGCCGCCAGAGGCUCGGGCAUCGACGGUGCCGCCGGUGACGGCGGAGAAGGCGUUGUCGUUAAUAUCGAAAGGUUGGAGAGAAGUGAGGAACUCGGCGGACGCGGAUCUCCAGCUGAUGCGGGACAGGGCCAAUUCGUUCAAGAAUUUGGCAUCGUCUUUCGACCGCGAGCUCGAGAACUUCUUGAAUUCGGCCUCCAAGUCGAAGUUCUCGGUGCCGGCCAUCAGGUCGUCUCCACCGGCGGAAAUCGACUUCGUGAAGCGGUUGCAGCCGAAGUUGUCGGAGAUUCGCAGGGUUUACUCUUCGCCGGAGUUCAGCCGCAAGGUCCUGCAGAAAUGGAGCCCUAGACCUAGAAUUCGGAUCGACUUGUCGGCAAUUAAGAACGCCAUUGUGUCGGAGGUGGAGGACAGGGACGAUGUGGUUGAUUAUGACGCGAGGGAGAGCUUCUGGAGGGGUAGGAAGGUGGGGUUUACGAACUUUAGGUGGGAAUGGAAAGGGGAAGGGGAAGGCGAGGAAGGUCAGUUUAGGGAUUGGGAACCAAUCCGGGUGUUGAAGACACGGUUGCGGGAGUUCGAACGGAAGAAUUCAUCUUCAGAGAUUUUCGAGAAUUUCAAGAAUAGUGAGUUUGUGGAAAAAGUGAAGUCAAGCUUGAAAGCAAUCUGCAAGGAGCCAACUGAAUCAAAGCAAGUCCCGCCAUUCGAUGUACCAGAACUUUUAGCAUAUUUAGUCAGGCAAUCUGGACCAUUCUUGGAUCAUCUUGGCAUUAGUAGAGAUAUAUCAGACAGGAUAGUGGAAAGCUUGUGUAGCAAACGCAAAAGUCAACUCCUAUUGCGUUCCAUUCCUGCAGGAGAAGCCUCCAUUCUUGAAGGAGAUAUUAAUGAUGAACUGGAUUUAAGGAUAGCCAGUGUCCUCCAAAGCACGGGGCAUCACUAUGAGGGGGGCUUCUGGAAUUAUUCCUCAAACCAUGACUUAUCGGAAAGGAAAAGGCAUGUUGCUAUUGUCACAACUGCAAGUCUUCCAUGGAUGACAGGAACAGCUGUGAAUCCACUGUUUCGAGCUGCUUAUUUGUCUAGAUCUGCCAAACAAAAUGUCACACUGCUUGUUCCAUGGCUUUGUCAGUCAGACCAAGAACUAGUAUAUCCAAACAAUGUCACUUUUAAUUCGCCAGAAGAACAGGAGCUUUAUAUACGAAAAUGGCUUGAGGAGAGGGUGGGUUUUAGGGCUGAUUUCAAAAUUUCAUUCUAUCCAGGAAAGUUCUCAAAAGCAAGACGAAGUAUAAUACCUGCUGGAGAUACAUCGCAGUUCAUUUCAUCAAAGGAUGCUGACAUUGCUAUCCUGGAAGAACCAGAACAUCUUAACUGGUACCAUCAUGGUAAACGUUGGACUGACAAAUUUAACCAUGUUGUUGGUAUAGUUCACACAAAUUACUUGGAAUACAUCAAGAGGGAGAAGAAUGGGGCUAUUCAAGCUUUCUUUGUGAAACACAUAAACAAUUGGGUUACUAGAGCAUACUGCCACAAGGUCCUCCGCCUUUCCGCUGCUACCCAGGACUUACCCAAGUCUGUUGUUUGCAAUGUUCAUGGCGUGAACCCAAAAUUUUUGAAAAUUGGUGAAAAAGUUGCCGAAGAAAGGGAGCGCGGACAGCAAGCCUUCACAAAAGGAGCAUAUUUCUUGGGGAAGAUGGUCUGGGCAAAAGGAUACAAGGAGCUGAUAGAUUUAUUGGCAAAGCACAAGAGCGACCUUCAUGGCUUCAAACUGGAUGUAUUUGGAAAUGGAGAGGAUGCUCAUGAAGUUCAGAGCACAGCUAAGAAGUUGGAUCUGAAUCUCAACUUCAUGAAAGGCAGGGACCAUGCUGAUGAUUCUCUUCACGGGUACAAAGUCUUCAUAAAUCCCAGUGUUAGCGAUGUGCUCUGCACAGCCACAGCCGAGGCCCUAGCAAUGGGGAAGUUUGUUGUUUGUGCAGAUCAUCCAUCGAACGAGUUCUUCAGGUCAUUCCCCAACUGUUUGACUUACAAGACUCCAGAAGAUUUUGUUGUGAAGGUGAAAGAAGCGAUGGCCAAUGAACCCCAGCCUCUUACUCCCGAACAAAGAUACAACCUUUCAUGGGAAGCGGCCACCCAGAGAUUUAUAGAGUACUCCGAGCUUGACAGAAUGUUGAAUGACGAAAAAGGCGAUUCUCAAUCUGCUCAAGCUAGUGGGAAAAUCUUCAGAAAAUCAUUGUCCACGCCAAACUUGACGAACAUGGUUGAUGGAGGGUUGGCAUUUGCCCACUAUUGCCUUACUGGGAAUGAGUUCCUUAGGCUGUGCACGGGGGCUAUACCUGGGACACGCGACUAUGACAAGCAGCAUUGUAAAGACCUGCAACUCUUGCCUCCUCAGGUAGUAAACCCUAUUUAUCUGUGGUAGGUGGGUUCGUUCGCAUGUGUAUAUCGGCAAUAGUUACUUUUGUGUAUAAUCGAUGCUAUAGAUAUGUAGGAUCUUAUCAUGUUUGUGGAUCAUCAAGGUCCUUCUUGACGUUCUUUAGUGAUAAAUUCAAGAUUUUAUAGUGUC